AUAAUAACAAAGACGAGUUCUUUAAUAAUAUUAAAGUUUUUAUUCGAUUAAGAGCCAUUAUAAAGAGUGCACAUCAUUUAAUUUUAAGUAUUUAUUGUGCAAACUAACCGAAAAGGAUGAAGUAUCUAUCGAUACUGCUCUGUGUGAUAAUAUAUGUGUCGUCGGCAAAAUCAUCAUUAAUUAGACAUGAAGACUGCUCAAAAGGAAUAGAAUAUUGGUGUGAACAUGUAAUUAACGCAAAGAAGUGCAACGCAGUAGAUUUUUGUAUUCAAACAGUUUGGGAGAAUCACAUCGUUCAAGUUGACUCAAAUCCACUGUGUGACGACUGUAAGGAAUGGGUGGUACAAGCAAGAGACUUAAUUGCUAAUAAUCAAACCUUUGAUUCACUUAUCAAAACCUUGGAAUGGUCGUGUUCUUUAUGUCCAAAUGAGAAUGGAAGAGAUAAAUGCAAGGAACUUAUUGAAAAUAAUAUCAAUGAGAUUCAGAAGAUUCUUGUUUCACACAUGGAUCCUGAUGCUGUCUGUUCUGCAAUUCAUCUUUGCAAUAACAAGGAGUUUACUAAAAUUUUUAAGAAUCCAGAACCACCGAAGAAGAAGGUCGAGUUGAUGCCAUUUACAUGCGGGCAAUGCAAUCAUAUUGCUGACUUAAUUGAAAAGAAAUUGGACACAACUAAUGGUGAUGAUUUAUUGGAAGGAUUACUCGCUGUUUGUGGACAAAUGUCAUCAUUCUCUGAUUCCUGUUCAAGCUUGAUUCUCACUCAUUUCAAUGACAUCCAAAAACAAUUACCAAACAUCGUCAACAAAGGAAAAAUCUGUCACUCGACAUGCACACAGCAUCACAAAUACAAUGAAGGCAUUAUUGACAUUCAGCCAGCUUUUGAUGAUCCAGAUAUUCCAUGUCAAUUGUGUGAACAACUUAUGAUACAUUUACGUGAGCUAUUAAUAUCCAAUACGAGUGAAAUUGAGUUCAGAAACAUGUUGGAAGGUUUUUGUGGACAGAUGCCGUCAGUUAAGAAUGAAUGCAUUAAUAUUGUUGACCAAUAUGCUGACACAAUCUAUGAAUUCUUAGUCAGUAAAUUAGAUGCUGAUAAAACAUGCACGAUGAUAAAGAUUUGCAAACCAAAAAGUGACGAACGAAUUAUUCAAGCUCCUAAAAUGCCUCUUAUCUCCAGUGACUUAUUUCCACAGCCUAAACAAAUAAGUGUUGACUCAGUUGAAGUUCAUAUCGUUACCAAAGACUCAUUUAAGUUAGUCAAAAAUGGCGCAUUAUGCACAGCCUGUGAAUAUACCAUGCAAUUAGUCCACAUAGAAGUGACUAAGAAUACAAUUCAUGAUAAGAUCCUUCAAACUGUUAGAAAUGAAUGCAAGAGAUUGCCACUUUACGUCGCUGAAUGUGAACAGAUCGUUGAUAUGUUUGGUGAUCAAAUUAUGGAAGCAGUUGAGGCUGGAACUAAUCCACGAUUAGUAUGUCCAAUAAUUAAAAUGUGUCCACCAAGCUACGAUUUUCAUCAUUUUGAAGAAAACAAUGUCAGCGAGAAGCCAACUUGUGCAUUCUGUCUGUUUGCCAUGCAGGAGAUUAAGUCAGUCGUUAAUAAGAAUUCAACAAAAGACAGCAUUUUGAGCGUUUUGGACGGUCUAUGUACACAUUUAUCUGUUAAACUUCAAGGACCAUGCAAGGUUUUCGUAGAAACUUAUUCAGCAGAAGUUGUAGACAUGAUUCUUGCUGAUUUUACGCCACAAGAAGCUUGCGUAUUCAUUAGAUUAUGCACUUCGUCGGAACCUAAACUUAAUAGAAUAAGGUUGCCAGGAAGUCUCGCAAAAUCAUCAUCGGAGUCAAGCGAAGAUAUUACAGACUUUGAAGACGACAGCACAGAAGUAAAAAGCCCAAAAAUUGUUAAUAAUCCACAAUGUCAACUCUGCAAGACAGUUAUUGGGCUACUUGAACAGAGAAUAAUUAAUCAUAAAUCGAAGGACGAAAUUCGUCGCGAACUGGAAAACUCGUGUGCACGUCUGAGAAAGUUCCAAAAGGAAUGCAAGGAAUUUGUUGAUAAAUAUUCUGAUAAAAUUGUUGAAUUAGUAAGUCAAGAAUUAACACCAGAAAAUGUCUGUCGUGAAUUAUUGUACUGUGUAAUGGACAACGAACAAGAUAUGCAAGAUUAUGAUUUUGGAUUAGAUAUCUUGGUUAGAAGUUUCCAGAUUCCAGCAAAAAAUGAAAAUGAAGAUCACGAGGAUAUCGGAUCAACUGGAUGUAUUAUCUGUGAAUUCAUUAUGACCAAGAUGGAAGAGGAAUUGAAUGACAAGACAACAGACGAGGAAAUAAAGAGAACAAUCAAGAAUAUUUGUUCAAAAAUGCCACAAACUGUUUCAAAGGAAUGCAAUCAAUUCAUCGAUUACUAUUUCGAUAUGAUUAUUGUACUUAUUGAGACUACAAAGCCUGACAAGAUGUGUGCUGCUUUAAAGCUUUGUCCAAAAUACAAUCCUCUUCUAGAAGCCAAUCUUCUUGAAAUUAAGAAUGAUAUCUACACUUGUGCUCUCUGCAAGGGCGUUGUUGAUGCUUUAGACACAAUCAUCGAAGAUCCAAAUAUCGACACAAAUCUUGAGAAUUUAGAGGAAAAAGUUUGUCAGAAAUUUGCUGGAAAAUUCAAGGAUAAGUGCCACAACCUGGCCAGUACUUAUGGCGUAGCCAUAAUCAACCUCUUAAAGAACAUUACAGAAUCGGAUCAAAUAUGCUUCAAACUUAACUUAUGUUCUCAAAGUGAGACUUCUGGAAUGGUACAGAUGUCGUAAAUGAAAGACUUUUAACAAAAAAAAAAUAUAUUAUUUUUUAAGGAACUGAUAAUCAAUAUUUUAGUAUUGCUCUUUUUUUAAUUCAGGAUAAUUCAUGCUUAAUAGAAGAAUACACGAUUUAUGUAAUUUCGAAGUUUCAAGUAGAUUUAAUUUAGAAUUCUUUUGUUGUUUCCUUUUGGCUGUUAACGUCGAUUUCAAUUUUAUAAUUUUUAUUUCUUUUAUAUCACUAAUGGAUAUGAAUGCAUGUUUAAUAUAACCAAAGAAUGUAUUUCGUCGAUUUGUAUGAAGAUAAAGUGCCUGAUAAGAUGUCUUUAAUAAAAAAUUCGCGAGUUUGCGUCUGGAU